CGACAAACCCCCGACCGAUCGCUGUAUGAUAUCUCGGCUAUACUAUGAUGACGCAAGGAGUUCUAGCAUAUCAGCCUAUACUCCCUAAGAUCAGCACGCGGCUGUACAUCAACACAUUUAUAAUUAAGUGUCUGUAGGAAGCGGCGAUAAGGGGCCUAAACCUCCGUUGGAGUGUUGUUCCGCUCUGUCUUGGCUGCCCUAGAGUCCUAGGCUCGUAGUAGUUACCUUCUCAGAACGUUUACUGUAUGUACUCAGUUGCGCGUAUGUACAUAUGUAGUUACCUCAUAGGGGAAAAGACAAGAUGAAAACCCUUGACCCCUCCUCGAUUAUGCGACCGAUAGACAGCGAUGAUCAGAGAGAAGCAGAACGGAAAAAUAGGGCUCGUGGCUUUAGGUUGUCGCCGUCUCGCGUGCUUCAUGACCUCUCGUUUGCUCCUUGCUUUACAAUUUGUUUAUUUUUUAUUUUACUUCAUUUUAAUCUCAGGGAAGGGUUGGUAUCUGCAGGUCUGUCUGUAGGUAAUAGAAUAUCAUGCCAUCGGCUCAUCCGCUUUGGAAUGUC